UUACAUCUUUAGAAGAAGAAAAAAGGAGUUGAGUUCCUAAAGAAAGAAAAAAGCAAAUAGAAAAGAAAAUAUGUCGACGUUGAGAAAAAAAUAACAAAAAUUUUCUUCAAUAAGUUUUAUCAGUUUAACAAUUUUUAACGUUGAAAACGAAGAAAAAAAAAAUAGGAAAUCGUAAAACGAGACGAAAACAACGGGGGAAAUAGUGCGGAAGAAAAAAUGGCGGAUAUUAACAAGGAUGACAUCAAACAAAAAGAAAAAAUCAAGAAAAUAUUCAGCUGGAGCGAUGGAAUUAUCAGUGAAGAUAAUACUACGGACGGUGGUGGGGGUAUAAUAAACCCAAAUUUUACAAUGGAAAUUAUACCAAACAACGCAGAAAGUAAUGUUGAUUUAACAAUGGUAACAACGAGUGUUCCAUUAUCAACGCCAGGAUUAAAUAAUCCUGCUUGGAAUCGACAACAAGCAGUUAGCGUUAGACAUGCUUUCAAAACUUAUGGCAGUAAUAAAAAUCCAAAUCAUGUUUUACAAAAUCUUAGUAUGACGGUAUCCAAAGGAUCCAUAUACGGUCUACUAGGUGCCAGUGGUUGCGGCAAAACAACAUUAUUAUCAUGCAUAGUUGGACAAAGACGUUUAAAUUCUGGCGAGAUUUGGGUAUUAGGUGGUAAACCUGGUACCAAAGGUUCCGGUGUACCUGGUAAAAGAGUUGGUUAUAUGCCACAAGAGAUAGCACUUUAUGGUGAAUUUACAAUACGCGAAACUAUGUUGUACUUUGGUUGGAUAUUUGGCAUGGAAACUGGUGAAAUAGUCGAAAGGUUAAGAUUUUUAUUACAAUUUUUGGAUUUACCAUCGCAAAAUCGACUCGUCAAAAAUCUCAGCGGUGGUCAACAAAGACGAGUUUCAUUUGCAGUGGCUUUGAUGCACGAUCCUGAACUUUUAAUACUCGACGAACCAACCGUGGGUGUUGAUCCAUUGCUCAGACAAAGUAUUUGGAAUCAUUUAGUGCAAAUAACCAAAGAUGGCAAUAAGACCGUCAUUAUCACUACGCAUUACAUCGAAGAAGCUCGACAAGCUCACACGAUUGGAUUAAUGAGAAGUGGACGAUUAUUAGCCGAAGAAUCACCACGAGCACUUCUUGCUAUGUAUCAUUGUACAACGCUCGAAGAUGUUUUCUUAAAAUUGUCCAGAAGACAAGGACAAUACUCACAACCCCCAACAGAAUUAAAUAUUUCUAAUAAUAUUAGUUUGGCUUCUUUAAAUUGGGGGAAAAAAAAUGAACCGGUCUACGUCACGGAAGAAUCUGGUGUCGUUGGUUUAAAUUUUUAUCAAAGCAAAGAAGUUCUCAUUCAUGAUGUAACAAAUGGCGUUGGCAAUCACUAUGAGAUCACUAAUAAAUCACCACACGAAAAUAAACUCGACAUCAAGAAGGAAUGUAGUAAUUAUUUCGAUUCUUUCAAUAUCACCAGUGUUGGAAAAAUAAGAGCACUGUUGCAAAAAAAUUUCUUACGAAUGUGGAGAAACAUUGGUGUUAUGUUAUUCAUUUUCGCAUUACCAGUAAUGCAAGUAAUUCUCUUCUGUUUGGCAAUUGGAAGGGAUCCAAUAGGUUUAAAAUUAGCUAUAGUUAAUCACGAAUUGUCAUAUGACAAUAUGACGUGUCCUUAUUUUGACACCUGUGAUUUCUCUUUCCUAAGUUGUCGAUAUCUUAGAUUUCUCGAUAACGAUACGAUUAUAAAGAAUUAUUAUCGGAAUCUUGAUGAUGCACAAGAAGCUGUAACAAAUGGCGAAGCAUGGGGAACGUUGUAUUUUACGGAAAAUUUUACGGAUGCACUUGUUGCACGUAUGGUCCUUGGAAAGGAUUCUGACGAAGAAUCACUCGAUCAAAGUGAAAUCAGAGUUUGGUUAGAUAUGUCCAAUCAACAAAUUGGUUUAAUGUUGAUGAGGGAUCUUCAAUAUUCAUAUCGGGAUUUUGCUAAGGAUCUUUUACAAUCGUGUAAUGAAAGUUCAAAAUUGGCUGAUGUUCCCAUACAAUUUAAGGAUCCAAUUUAUGGUACUAAUGAGCCAAGUUUUACGGAUUUCGUAGCACCCGGUGUGAUACUAACCAUCGUAUUCUUCUUGGCGGUUGCACUUACCUCGUCAGCGUUGAUCAUUGAAAGAAUGGAAGGAUUAUUGGACAGAAGUUGGGUUGCUGGAGUAACACCUGGUGAAAUUCUUUUCUCUCACGUGGUCACCCAAUUCGUCGUAAUGUGUGGUCAAACCGCAUUGGUAUUAAUCUUCAUGAUAUUAGUCUUCCGAGUCGAAUGCAAAGGCGACAUUGGAUUGGUUAUUAUCAUGACGAUACUUCAAGGUCUUUGUGGCAUGUGCUUCGGAUUCGUAAUUUCUGCAAUUUGCGAACUUGAAAGAAACGCCAUCCAAUUGGCUUUGGGUAGUUUUUAUCCUACCCUCCUUCUCAGUGGUGUUAUAUGGCCCAUAGAAGGUAUGCCAACAGUUUUAAGAUACAUUUCACAAGGUUUACCCUUAACAAUGGCAACGACAGCACUUCGUUCAAUGUUAACUCGUGGUUGGGGUAUAUCAGAACCAGAUGUCUACAAUGGUUUUAUUUCAACCAUAGUUUGGAUUGUGGUGUUCCUCACGAUAAGCAUGUUGGUGCUUAAGUUCAAACAUAAAUAGAAAGAAGACAAAUAAACGGGUGCAUUUUAUUAAUUAAUAAAUAGAAACAGAUUUUAGAUACAAGAGGGUAAAAUGGAUUGGGGAAAAGGGAGGGACGAUGAAGGGAGUUGAUUUGUGAAAGAGAGAGAAAAAGAACAACAACAAAAUGGAAGAACGUUGUCUCUUGUUGUAAAUUUUAACAAUUCAAUUUUCAUCGUAUAUGUGAAUGUAUAUGUGUAUGUGUGCAUAUCCAUAGUAAAAAGUACGAAAGAAGAAUAGAUUUAAGAUAAAAAUAUGUAAACGGGAAGGAAGGGAGGGGGGGGAGGGUAGGAGGAGAUCUAAUAAGAGAAACAAAUAAUUUUACGGGUUAUAAUUAACUUCUCUUAUUUUCUUUUUUUUUCUUUCUUUAUAUCUUUCUCUUUCUCUCUCUUUCUCUUUCUUUCUUUCUUUCUCUCUUUCUUUUUUCCUUACCCCGUCAAUUAUCAUUGAUUAGAUUUAUGAUGAUUGGUGAACGAACGUAUCUGUAUAUAUGUGUUGCCAAAAUGAUAAUUUUUAGCUUGAUACGUGUGCGAAUGAAUGAAAAUAUUACGUGUGUCUGUAAAUUUUUUUUUUGUCCCAUACUUUCAAUCUCUUAAGGAUAUAUUUUGUACCUAUUAAUAUCUCUGUAUAUUAUAUACACACACACAUAUAUAUAUAUAUAUAUAUAAUGGAAAAAGUGAAUCUUAAGAAUAUUUGUACCCCCACUGCCAAUUAUUACCCCCACUACUUCAAAAUUCAUAUACCCAGAAACGUUUUUUAACAUGUUGAUCGCCAUGUCAGUCAUCGGUGACUGACACUAGACUUCCGUUUAGGCCACGUCCGUCACGAAUGACUGACACGUCCAACUAUUUUUUUCAAUAAAAUAACAUCUGUGGCCUGACGGGAAUUUCCCUAAAAAAACUUUCGCGUGGCGCUGUUCAACGUGUUAAGAUUAUUCAAAUUUCAAAGUUUAUUACAAAAAAAAAAAAAAAAAACACAUUUUAUUAAAA